CCUCAGGUAGAGUAUGAUGGCCUGACAGGUCGUGUGGAGUUCAACAGUAGGGGUCAGAGGACCAACUACACGCUCCACAUCCUGGAGAAGCACCACGGAGGUCACAGAGAGGUCGGGGUCUGGUACUCCAACAACACCCUAGCCAUGAACUCCACCUCUUUAGACAAGAGUGCCUCAGACACGGUGGCCAACAAGACUCUCAUCGUGACCACUAUACUGGAGAACCCGUACGUGAUGCGGCGUGUGAGCCACCAGGAGCUGCAGGGGAACGAGCGCUUCGAGGGCUUCUGUGUGGACAUGCUGAGGGAGAUGGCCGACAUCCUCAAGUUCUCCUUCACCAUCAAGCUGGUGGACGACGGGCGCUACGGAGCGCCGGGGCUCAACGGAACCUGGACCGGCAUGGUGGGGGAACUCAUCAGCCGGAAGGCUGAUUUGGCUGUGGCUGGCUUCACCAUUACCUCGGAGAGAGAGAAGGUCAUCGACUUCUCCAAACCCUUCAUGACCCUUGGGAUCAGCAUUAUUUACCGAGUUCACACAGGGCGUACUCCAGGGUAUUUCUCCUUCCUGGACCCCUUCUCUCCUGCUGUGUGGCUCUUCAUGCUUUUGGCCUACCUGGCAGUGAGCUGCGUCCUGUUCCUGGCUGCCAGGUUGAGCCCGUACGAGUGGUAUAACCCCCACCCGUGCAUGCGGCGGGGUCUCCUGGUGAACCAGUACUCUCUGGGCAACAGCCUGUGGUUCCCUGUGGGCGGAUUCAUGCAGCAAGGCUCGGAGAUCAUGCCCCGCGCCCUCUCCACCCGCUGCGUCAGUGCGGUCUGGUGGCUCUUCACCCUCAUCAUCAUCUCGUCCUACACGGCCAACCUGGCGGCCUUCCUGACGGUGCAGAGGAUGGAGAUGCCCAUCGAGUCCCCCGACGACCUGGCUGAGCAGACGGCCAUCGCGUACGGCACCAUGCAGGGGGGGUCCACCAUGGCCUUCUUCAGGAACUCUCGGUACCAGACGUACCAGCGGAUGUGGAACUUCAUGCACUCCAAGCAGCCCAGUGUGUUCGUGAAGAGCACGGAGGAGGGCAUCGCCCGCGUGCUCAACUCCAACUACGCCUACCUGCUGGAGAGCACCAUGAACGAGUACCACCGGCAGCGGAACUGCAACCUCACGCAGAUCGGAGGCCUGCUGGACACCAAGGGCUACGGCAUUGGCAUGCCGCUGGGGUCUCCAUAUAGGGAUGAGAUCAGUCUGGCUGUGCUGCAGCUGCAGGAGAGCGACCGGCUGGAGAUCCUCAAGCGCCGCUGGUGGGAGGGAGGACAGUGUCCCAAAGAUCAGGACCACAGAGCCAAGGGUCUGGGGAUAGAGAACAUCGGCGGGAUCUUUGUGGUGCUGAUCUGUGGACUCAUCAUCGCCGUCUUUGUGGCCAUCAUGGAGUUUGUUUGGUCUACACGCCACUCUGCAGACACAGACAAGGUCUCUAUGUGUCAGGAGAUGCUGUCAGAGUUCCGGAACGCCGUCUCCUGCAGAAAGAGUUCUCGUUUCCGCCGGCGGCGGCUCAUGACGAGCUCGUUGGCGCUGCGGCACGCGGCACGUGUGGCCCUCGGGCCCCCCCGACACCUGCGGGUCGUCAGGGAGAUGCGCCAUAGCAACGGCAGGCUCUGCAGCGGGGCGGGGCCUUCCACCGGGGGGGUGGCAGCAGCAGACGCCUCUCCUCCCCCUGACCUGGGCCCGGGCCCACAGUGCCCCCUAGAGGCCCCUCGGGGCGCCUGCAGCAGCACAGCGCCAGCCACACACACACACACACACACACACACACACACACUCACGCCAGCCAGGGCCGUCACCGUGAUGUUGCCCAGAGGCUGCACACACGUACGCAUUUGUCAGGAGUGCCGGCGGAUCCAGAGCCUUUGUCCCGCCCCCCCCUCCACACGAAUCCCGCCCUCCUCACCCCCCCUGCCACGCCCACCGCCCCCGCCCCCACCGGCCUCCUUAUCCAAUACAGACAGCGAAGGAGGGGGCGGGUCCAGCCCACACACACCAGACCACACCCUCUCACCUCACCCACUGCUUCCCACUCAGAACGGCACAGAAACACAGACAGAACAAGACUGAGAAAUGAGAGAGAGAAAGGGGGGAAGAGAGGGAGAGAGAGAAAGGGGGGAAGAGAGGGAGAGACAGAAAGCAGAGCCAACAAGCAAGGUCAGGGUGAGACAGGGUCAGGGUGAGACAGGGUUAGGGUGAGACAGGGUUAGGGUGAGACAGGGUUUGGGUUUUAACCAACAGAGGGGAGAUGGAAGAGGAUGAGAAAAAGACUAAAGAGCACGAAACAUGACCCCUUAGCUCAACUCCAUCAGCUCUCACCCUCUGUGACUGCGUGGAGCACAGGAAACUAGCGUGCGGAGCGGAGGAAACUAACGUGCGGAGCGGAGGAAACUAACGUGCGGAGAGAGGAAACUAACGUGCGGAGCAGAGGAAACUAGCGUGCGGAGCAGAGGAAACUAACGUGCGGAGCAGAGGAAACUAACGUGCGGAGCAGAGGAAACUAACGUGCGGAGCGGAGGAAACUAACGUGCGGAGCAGAGGAAACUAGCGUGCGGAGCAGAGGAAACUAACGUGCGGAGCGGAGCAGAGGAAACUAACGUGCGGAGCAGAGGAAACUAGCGUGCGGAGCGGAGGAAACUAGCGUGCGGAGCGGAGGAAACUAGCGUGCGGAGCGGAGCAGAGGAAACUAGCGUGCGGAACGGAGGAA